AUGUCAUGCUCCUCCAUUCCUAAAGCCGCCAUUGACGCAAAAGUCAAAGUCUUUUCAACAGUGCGGAUCAAGAGCUUAGACGCCUACAAAUUGGAGGUGGACACGUUGACGAGCGUUGUGAAGAAGUAUGGCUGCAACUUCCUCAGCAUUGGCGUCAAGGACAUUGUCAGGGCAGAUAUCACUUCCAAAAAAAUUGCUCCAAUGAUUGAAGAUGCUCGAAAGCUCUCCAAUGGUCUCAACUAUGACGUCUUUCUCACCCUUGUGGAGACCUUUCAACAAUCUUUGCAGUAUGACUACAAGGAGGAAAUCGCAGCUGUGGACUUCCUGAGCGUCGUCUUCAAUGCCUAA